AGCGUUCACUCCCCUCCAGAGGAGCGCACAGCUUUUUGAGAGAGCCAGUGGUGGGGGGAAGAAAAAAAAAAAUCCAGUCAGCGUUUUGUGGCACUUUCCGAUGAGUUCUGCUACCUCGUUAGAGAUACUGGCAUAGCUGACAAAUCAUUUUACGCCAGUUUAAGGAAUGUUUUAGGGAUAAAUUGUCUCCAAAGGGCAAUUGGAGCGGGCAGUCUGAGCCCUUAUAAUGCGGAAAGAUCAAGUCUCAGUAGUUUGUCGUUAUGAACGCAGCGCAGACGGACCCUGAGAAACUGCUUUCAUGGAUUGACUGACUGAUUGAUUGAUUGAGUGGCACCUGAUUUUUAUUUUUAAAUUUUUUUUCAAUAUCAGAGGAUUUUUUUUAUUGUGUCGUGGUUAGUCUAUUAUUCAAAGAAAUUGUGGAUUAUUAUUUCGAGGAUUUUUUUCGGAGGUGCGUCUUUAUUUUGAAGUUGAAUGAGGAUAUUGACUUUUUACAGUUAGAUUGCGCCUGGGUGAAGGAUCCGAAGAGUGGAAUUAACCUCUCACAAGGUGGAAGUAUUAGUCUAAUUGGACCCCAACUCAUCUUUCUUGCCGCUUAGUCCAAUAUGAAGUCUGUCACUGUGUGGAUGUGCGUUUACAUCUUUCUUCUGCUCUUAGAUGAGGCAGCAAGUUCCUGGGAUGGCUCCUCACCUAUGUCUGUGUCCUUGGCCACCAGCGCCCCAGGAUCUCCAGGCACCGGUUCUGGGCCUGGAGCCCAGCCAGAUUGGGUGGACUGCAUCCAGGCGAGUGACAUGUGCAACCAGAACCCUCACUGCAGCUCUCGGUACCGGGUGAUGCGCCAGUGCCUUGUGGGCAAGGAGAAGGAAGCCAUGCUGGACAACAACAGGGAGUGCCAGGCCGCCUUGGAAGUGCUGCUGGUUAGUCCUCUGUAUGACUGUCGCUGCAAAAGGGGCAUGAAGAAGGAGCUGCAGUGUCUGCAGAACUACUGGACCAUCCACAUGGGACUCACUGAAGAUGGAGACAUGGAUGACUCAUCUCCCUAUGAACCUGUGGCACCAAACCGACACCCUGACGCGUUCCGCUUGGCCUCCAUUUCAUCAGGCAUGCUCACAGUAGCGCCAAAAGGUUUCCACUGUCCUGAUGCCGAAAGAAACUGCAACCCCUGUCUUGAUGCUGCCAAAGCCUGCAACCUCAACAACAGCUGCAAGAAGCAGCGCUCCUCCUACAUCGCCACCUGCAGCAAGGAGGACCCCAACAAGGGUGAAACCUGCAGCAAGAAGCGCUGCCACAAAGCGCUGAGGAUGUUCCUGGACCGUGUGUCCACUGAUUAUAGCCACCGUCUGCUCUUCUGCCCCUGCCAGACUGAGGGCUGCGCUGAACGACGCAGGCAGACAAUCGUGCCCGACUGCUCCUAUAAAGAUAAGGAGAAACCCAAUUGUCUGGAGCUACGGAGGAUCUGCCGCCAAGACCCUCUCUGCAGGUCUAGGCUGGCUGAUUACCUGGUGAACUGCUUGAUGACUGCGAACACAGUGAGCACCUGUCCCAACCAAGACAAUCAUCAAGCCUGCUUGGCCUCCUACGCAAGGCUCAUUGGGACUGAAAUGACUCCCAACUAUGUUGACAGCAGCUUCUCCAACUGGACCAUAUCCCCGUGGUGCACAUGCAAAGGCAGUGGAAACCAAGAAGAGGAAUGUAUGAACUUCCUGCGGUACUUCACCGAUAACACAUGCCUAAGAAAUGCCAUUCAGGCCUUCGGUUAUGGGAUGGACAACAUGCAGAACAAAAGUGUGUCUGUCCCAGGCCCCUCGGUGAUGACGAAGAUGGGGUGGGAUUGGACGACAAGCACCUCAGAGCCUCCAUUUGCUGCCAUCCCAAAGUAUCCUGAACCAAGAGACGGUGGCCUGGGCAAAACCCGGGGCCUGCCAGAGGAUCACUCUACCUGUCUGUGUGCCAACGUCUGGGCUCUGCUUCCCGGCCUGGCUUUGGCUCUGGUCCUGGCCCAGCAUGCCUUAUAGAAGCGCCAGGAGGAGAAAAAAGAGGUCAUCCACCCACAAGCUGAUCCCAAAAGCAGAAGGUGUUAUUUCUGAGACUGAUAUUAAGAAGGCUGAAUCUCUGGGCAGUUGACAUAAAUGGCAUUCAUGAAAGGAGAAAAACAAAAAGAGGAGAAAUGUGGAAAAUGUUGACAUUUUUAAACUUUGAAUUUAUUAUUCAUUUGAUGUAUUGUUACAGUGGACCACAACUGUGAUGGAGAGCAUGGCUUUAAAAAAGGACCCUUGGUAGGACAGGCCAUGAAGUCCAUUAUCUGGGAACGACCCUCCCUCUGACUGAGACACCAAAACCUGGAGGACAGAAGGUGAUCAUGUCAAAGACUUCUGCACUUUUCUCACCAAAGGAGGGAGAGAGGGAAUGAACAACAUAAUUAAAAGAAGACAGGAUUGACAGAAAAGAAAUUGUUGCAGUGAGAAAAGGAAUGAGCAUGAGGUAAAUGGGGUUGAGUGAGCCCGAAAAGAGAAAGAGAGACAUAUUUCUGCUAUCAGUCACACUUUUUUUUGUCUUGAAUUGGUUCUCGACUUAAUCUUCUCUUGGAUGAACAGACCACAAAUUUAGGGGCGGGGAUGGGGGAUGAUUACAUUCUGUCUCUUCAACACUAGUGUAAACUCUAAACUGUAAAGCCUACUCAGUGUUCUAAGUGUUGGUAUAGUAUCCGUGACCAUAAUCAAUCUGCCGUACAGCUCUUUCAUUUGGGUGCUACAGUAUACUUUUUCAGCAGGUGGAGAAAAGAACAAAAAGCGGCGACGUUAACAGUUAAUGGUUCUUUGGUCAUUUGAGAUGUUGUUGUUGAUGACUGUGGGUGUUCCUCAUCCGUCCACCUGCACAUGUGUAUAUUUCUGUCUCUAUGUAUAUAAACAACACUUUUCUUUCAUUCAACCUAAUAAUGAUCUACAGUACCUUGAGUGGACAUUACUGUAUGCUACGAUUGCUCUGUAUUGAGUAUUGAUACUAAUGGAAGGCCUUCAUUAUCUGCGUUUAUAUUUGUCUAUAAAGGUUCGAUUAUAAAGAAUGUAUACAGGGAUGAGAUUAAAUGAGCUCAAACUGCUUGGAAAGUCAUAACCUGUGUCUGAGUAUCACACUGUGUCCACUGAGUGUGUAUGGACAAUUAUUACAAUGUGCUUGCAUCUAUAUUUACAUGCAGGAGAAAAGGAGCUUAUCAGGAGCAGUUUAAAUUGCCAGCGCGGGGGUUCAUAUUCCCCCUCAGAGAGCAGAGGUUAUGAUGCAUUGUUUAAUUGCAGGGUUUUUGAGAGUAAGGAUAGCCACCAGUUUUUGAGAGUGCUUGAAUGUGCAGCCUGGCCAAAAUCACUUCCAGCUCUGUUGUUCCUCAUUUAACUGAAUAUUUUAAAGGUGCCAUAUAGUAGGAAUUCAAAGAUUGCCUUACUGCACAUACAUAUACGGUUUGACCAUAUUUAUUUAUUGAAAAAUAAAUUGUCGGGGAAAAAAGUGAACCUGUCCUUUAAGAAGUCAAUUUUUGUCCAGAUUUUUAAAAAAACUGUGUCUCCUAUCAAGAUGUUAAAAGGGGAAAUACACCUGUCCACUUUUUUUUGUAGAGAAAUAAGUAGAUUGAGACCACCCUCCUGAGUGAAUGCUAAAAAUGAAGCAAGUGCCUAUAGCUGGUUAGCUUAGCAGAGCAAAAAUCAGCAUUGUUUAGUUCACACAAAAAGUGAAGGGCAAAAAUGACAUGUGAUUUUAGCGGGAGUUAUGUGCCGGACUAUUUACAUUUGGACAGAGCCACUGUUGGUGCUAACUUAAGUUAAUCCUCUGCUGGUGUCAGUUUCAUAUUUACUGGACAGGUAUCUUCCCAUCUAUGUCUCAGCAGGAAAGAAGAAAAGUGUAUUUCCCAAAAUGUUGAACAACACGUUGAAGUUGAAAUUGCAUUUUCACUGUUACAAUACUUUGAAGUCAGUCUCAUAAUAACUUUGGGCACAGUUUGACUUCUUAAAGAAUAAGUUCACGAUGUCAUAUCUUAAUACAGUACUCAAAGGCCUGUAUGUACACUGGAAAAGUUAUUGGUAGCUGUAAACCUUCCCUCAGCCCACCGAUACUGAAUCUUUGUUGUGACUCUAACGAAUGUGGGACAAAACCGUCAUUGUUGAGUUCUUCUUUCCAAAGUUCAGCUGAAGUUAACUUGAGGCUUCAGCUGUCUGAAUUUGCCAAAUCGAGUAGGAAUUGCAGAAAGGGGCUUUGACAUUUCAAAGGCUUGUCCACUAUUGAGGAGUUGCACCAGAGAGAGAGUGAUCUCUUCACAGCCAGUGUGGACAUAUGAGCCAAUGUUCAUAUGAACACAUGAAUGUUAUACUAAAAAUCUUAACCAAUCCUUUAAAAAAAAUCCAGCCCUCUUGCUCCACAAUGGUAAAUUUGUUGCAUUUGAACUGGAAAGUCUCGAGUGGGCAGAUUUUACCAUUUUGAACCAGAAGAGCUGGUGAUUUUAGCAAAUCAGUAUCCUCUAUUGAGAGUCAUUCAAUGUAACUGAUGCAAUUCAACAUUCAAUUGAAGCACAUUUAUUUGCAAUAUAUCAUAUUUCCU